GAAAAUUGUGGAUAGAAUAGAUGACAACAAAGACGGCUAUCUCACAACAGAGGAAUUAAAAAACUGGAUUAAACGGGUACAGAAACGCUAUAUCUAUGAAAAUGUGGCUAAAGUUUGGAAAGACUAUGAUCUAAACAAGGACAAUAAAAUUGCCUGGGAAGAGUACAAACAAGCCACAUACGGUUAUUAUCUAGAAAAUCCUGAAGAAUUCCAAGAUGCAACCGAUCAGCACAGUUUUAAAAAAAUGCUGCCCAGAGAUGAAAGACGAUUCAAAACUGCAGACCUGGAUGGAGACUUAGCUGCCACUCGUGAAGAAUUCACUGCUUUCCUUCACCCAGAGGAGUUUGAGCAUAUGAAAAACAUUGUCGUUUUAGAAACCUUAGAAGACAUAGACAAAAACGAGGAUGGUUUUGUGGAUCAGGAUGAGUACAUUGCUGAUAUGUUUGCAAAUGAAGAGGGUGGACCAGAACCUGACUGGGUAGUUACAGAGCGUGAACAGUUUGCGGAUUUUCGUGACCUCAACAAGGAUGGAAAGAUGGACAAAGAAGAGAUUCAGCACUGGAUUCUCCCAAACGACUAUGAUCAUGCACUGGCUGAAGCCAGGCACUUAGUUUAUGAAUCAGAUGCAGACAAGGAUCAAAAGCUAACAAAAGAGGAGGUUUUAGACAACUGGAAUAUGUUCGUUGGAAGUCAAGCUACUAAUUACGGGGAGGACCUCACAAGAAACCAUGAUGAACUAUGA